CUCCCUCAGAAUCGUACCAGGUGGCAAUGACAUAGUAAUGAUUGUUGACUGGUAUCGGAUGGCUUUGGACCAGAAGAGCAGCAGAGGUUUGCCAAUGACUGGUGAAGACACUGGUUUGGGGGCUUUGGCCUCACCACUGGCAGGGUAUUUGGGAAAAGUUCAGGAAAGAGCUGCAUCACUGGAACAUUGUCCCUGGUGCACUUCAAAGGGCUUAACCUUCGCUCUGCGCUCCUACCGCAUCAACCUCCAGGAGUCAAUCACCCUCUGCACAAACCCACAGUGCCUCUUCCCUCUGGUCAGUCACUCCUUGGAGGAUGUUUUGGCUAGAUUGGUUCCUGUGGAGCCCACGGUUGGGAACAAAAGAAAAACUCCCUUGCCACUGGAAGAAGAAGAGCUGAUUAUACCAUCCCCCAAACGCCACCGAUCAAGUGAACUUGGUAGUUUUGGGACACCAAAUGGUACUGACACGCUUUACCGCCAAGCAGAGCGCUGUGCUGUCAGUAAUGGCCAACAUGCGGGACCCGAGGCAGAUGGUGAAAAAGUUAAUGGAUACACCGGGGUCUUUGAUCGUCCAGCUGCAGAGACAGUGGGGGCAUCGCUGCAGGUUGAGGAUGUUGUUCUGGAGAUGGAAACAGACAGUGCUGCCUGUACAGAAGGUUUUACUCCUCCUGGAUGCUCUGCCUCGGCUGGACACCUGCCGAGCUCAUCAGGAGCCGUGUUGACUGCUGCUGGGGAUCGUUGUGGGGAUCUCGGUAUGUCAGAGGCAGAGGAUGACUCCCAGCAGGUGAAGAUUCACCCUGAGGUGCUGAACAGACGGUGCAGUCUGGUCACUAAUCAGUCCAACUCCACAAAUGGGGGCAUUUAUUCAACUGAAAUCAAUGGUCCAUCACUUCAGCUCAAGGAGCAGUCUGCAGGAACGGAGCAGAAAUCCCUGACAGCCGCCGUCAUCAAGGACAUAGCAGACAUUAAAUUAGAAUCUCCGGAUAUUUCUCCUACCUCAAAGAAGCUUGUAUUGGUUCCAAAUCAUCUUUUCUGGCGGAACAGGGACAAACUGUGUUGGCUGGACUCGCUGCUUGCUGCUCUGGUAAACUGUAAGAGCUUGGGAAAGUGUAAACCUCGAGACGAGCCUCAGCGAUCAUCUGUCUGGCAGCUGAUGAGAGAAUAUGAGGACAUUUGUGCUGCUGUUCAAGUCCAUCAACAGACCAACAGUGAUGGUGUGGUGAGGGUGUCAAAUCAUGUGCUGCAAACGGCCAGUGAAGAUCUACACAGUCUCAGGAUGUCGAUCUUCAAACUGCUGCAGCCAAAGCUGCACUGCAAGCUGGGUCAGAAAGAGAGUCCGGUGUUUGCCGUGCCGCUUCUGCUCUCAUUGGACUCCUGGGCGGAGCCUCUCUUCCAGGCGACCUUUCGGUGGGAGUUCAAGUGCAGUGCAUGUGGAGCAGCUUCCUCAGAAAGGCUCAUGAAAACUCUUCCCUCCUUCACGAACAUUGUGCCCGAUUGGAAACCACUUCAUGCAGUUCAUCUGGCUCCGUGCAAUUUUUGCUGCAGAAAGAAGCAGAGGAGGACGAUGAUACUGGAGAGUGUGCCUCCAGUGUUUAUGCUGCACUUUGUCGAGGGGCUCCCCGACAGUGACGUCAGAAUGUACAGCUUCGCCUUCAAAGGGAGACGCUACUCGGUCACCACUGUCAUCCAGUACAACCAUCGACUGAAGCACUUUGUCACCUGGAUUAGUCGUUCUGACGGCUCAUGGCUGGAAUACGAUGACUUGAAACAUCCAGAAUGUAAGACCCAUCAGAAGCUCCCGGUCGCUGCCCAGGAGAUGCACAUCGUCUUUUGGGAAGUGGAGGAGGAGAAAGAGCCUCGUCUCUGUUCUCCCUCCAGCACGUUUACUGACUCUCCCCUAUCGAGCACUGAGAUGAUCCCCACUGUAAACGUCCCAGCAGCAGAGGAGGUGUUGGUCUGCUCCCCCGACCAGUCUCUCCUCGCACAUCACGACACUGACAUUAUCUCUGUGCUCUCAGAAGACUGCAGCAGCAUCAUGGACACGAGCAUUCCGGCCGACACAUCCAUCGGCUCCACGACGCUGCUCGACACCUUCGAGGGCCUCAGCCAUAACGACAUCAUCACCCUCACACUGGUGGAGUUAGAGACGGGUUCAGAGACGACUGUAGAUGACGACAGGAGAAGUCAGGGUUUGAGCGACCCCUGUAAGAAUGAGACGCUCGAUGCGUCACCGGACAGCUCCUCCACUGUGAUGGGUGGUGAGAUGUGUCACGCCCCCGAUGAUGGUCCUCCCCCCACCCCCGACAGGGAGGCUGGGGAUAGCUCGACGAGCGAUCCCACAUUUGUGCCGGGCGCCGCCAGGAGAGGACGAGGCAGAGCAGCGGCCAGAGGCAGAGCAGCGGCCAGAGGCAAAGCUAAAGCUGUCGGUAGACGGAAAGAUACCAAAACCGCUUCAUCAAGAGCAGCUCCACCUGUUCCACCACCUGUGAUGUCUGAGCCCUCUGAAGAAGCGUUUCCUCCCGAGGCCGCUGCAGCUCAGGAGGAAACGCCACCGAUUCAAACUACCACAUCCCCCUCGUUUUCUACUGGUACCAGUCAGAACAGUCUCAUAAAGCAAUCAGUACUGGUUCCGCACUCCCGCUGGUCCUUCCUGCUCAGCAAACACCUUGCGACCAAGUCCGAGGACAAAUUCACCCCCAUCUUACCACCCGCCUUGGCCACACAAGUGAAGCCCACUCCCACCCCUCGCUCUGUCCCCAGCCCUCGCCCUAGACAGCAGCAGACUCCUGGAGGAUUCGUCCCCAAACUACAGCUCAGACUAGAGGAGAGUGACAGUCUCCCUCUGAAAGCUGCAGAAAUGUACGGCGGAUUUGGCAACCAGAGCUCUAACGCACCAAGUCCACGGGCGUCCCCCGCCCCUCCCUGUGGGAAAUCAAUGCCGUUUUCACCCAUCACUUCUCUCUCCCAAGUGUCACUGAUGAACACAACAUUGGUGUCUGCUACAAUCGUCCCUACACCCAAAAAGAACGGGCACCCUGCGAUCUCCUCCAGAGGCCAGUCGUCCAAGGUUCCUCCGGAUCUUAGUGACACGGACGCCCUCCGCUACAAGCUGCUGAAGAAACUGAAAGCGAAGAAGAAGAAGCUCGCCAAGCUGAAUCAAAUGCUGGGUGAUCCGCGUGGAGCGAGCCUCCGACCGGACAGCACGGACCUGACCUCUCCCAACACGGUUACCUCCAGUACGUAUGACGGCUCCACCUGCGACGACUUCCUCUCAGAUCUGCUCUCGCCCGCAACCACAGCCAGCAACCUAUCGCCAGACAGCACCGACUUCCUCGAGAUGCUCGCCAAAGGCCAGAAUGGAAUCAACCAGUUGGACUACGGGGUUAAUGCUGGUGGGGCAGUGUCGCAAGCAAAUGCUUUUAUGAACGGGGCCGACACUGAAAGCUUUAUGGACGAGUUUCUUUCUCAGGCUGUGACUCAAGGGCCGACGGAGCUGGAGAGCGAGGCUCUGAGUGCACUCGAUCUGUUCGUGUAAACUGUGGUGAAAUGGUUUUUUUCUUCUGCUGCACAGAUAACUUCUACACUGACUUCCUGUUCUGAGAAAAUUAUGCAAAAUGUUCUUAUUUAAUUAUCUGCACCUCAUCUAUCAGGAGGGAUGGGUGUGUGCAGCCAGUAACGAUUUGGUGAGAACCCAAGAUGUGUUAAGAUCAAUUGCUAAUGAACAUCUUAUCCAAGUCUUUAUUGUCGUUCUUUCUCUAGCUCGUUUGGUUUGGUCUUGAUCCUCCCUCCCACACUACAGACAUCCUGUACAUUAUGGUUGACAAUUAGUGACGCUAUUAUCAAGACCACGCACGGCAAAGUGAUUUAAACUGUUCAUCGAAACAACUGUAAAGUUUAUUAUUUGUGUAGUGGCAGUGAACAAAUCUGAUUGGAUAUUCGGAAACCAUCUUGUUAAAAUACGAACUCGAGCCAAUUCCUAUUCUACACGUUUGGCUGCAUAACGGUGACGAAACUGGCGAAAGUCCUGCAUCACUUAAACGCAUCAAUAAGGAAUUCAAAUUAUAUUAAAUUAAUUUGUAUCGGAUCGUUCACACGUCAGUUCAACUCAUGAAAAUGUUAUCUGCCAGUAAAAGUGGUUGAAUAUAAAAUUGCUGUAUGUACAUGUUGAUAUUUCCUUGAUCAUUUCUAAAAACUUCAUGAAGUUUGAAUGUGUCAAUGUUUGCAAUGGUUUGUUGAACAAAGUUUAUUAACGGCAUCUUGAAGAGUUUUCUCCAACUUUGGCACUUUUGUAUUUUGCGUGAACUGUAUGAAAGAGGCUGCAUGAAGCCGUCGUGUUUGUUUGUUUGUUUGUUUUGUUAUUCUUGAAAAACUACUUGAAAAUUCUUGGGAACGAAGUUUCAUUUUUUUUAGUGUCGUUUAAUAAAUACUAUAUUUACAAAUUGA